CAGUCCUCACCAGCCCGUCUCACCGCCUGAACAUCCUCUUCUUCGAAUAGCAGGAAGCAGAAGAAACGCUAAAACCAGCUGGAUUUUCACCAGGCCAUUUAUACACUUUUAGUGGUAAAAGAGGAUGUAAAACUGCGAGUCACCGUGCGCGAGAUAAAGAGGAAUAAAACGCGUACUUAAAAGGCGAUCGUUGAGGUUAAAAUUCCGAAUUUCUUGGAGGUUUUUGUUAGUGCUGUGUUCGCGUAAAUAGGAGAUACAUCGCGAUAAGAACAAAAGGUAUCCAGAAGCUCAUAAAAUUGGCGAAUCGACGCCAGUAUGGAGGUCGUCGCGACGCCUUUCCGCGACCAUGACGUCCGCGAAUGGUCGAGAAUCGACGGCGUUACGGGGGCUCUGGAAAGAGCCCGUCUGGAAACCGACCGUUGGUCAGCCAGAACUGGCAAUUCCUCGCGCAAUUACGACAAGGUAGUGGACUGCAGGGCGCGCUCCGACGCCGACGGCGCCGUCCGGCGUCUCGCCGCCCGCCAAAUGGAGGUCUUCAAUCACCGGACGCCCGGCGCCCGGUACCAAGUGAUCAGGACGCAGUCGCAGACCGCCACGUCCACCAAAUGGACCUCGAUGGACUUCGAGAGUCUCCAAUUGCCGGUCAACGCGCUGGACGUGACGUCGCAGAAGUCCAAGGCGUCGGCUGUGAGAAGCGUCGCCAGGCGGCCGCCGACGCGCCGGCGUCACGACGCCGAAGAGGGGCGCGAUAAAUCGAACGGUAUCGAUUUAAUGCGAGCGAUUGAUACUGUGCAUAGAAUCGAGGAUGUCGAACGAAUCGAUGGCGAAAUCGAUGAUAAAUUAAUCGGAAAUAAUAGCAAUAAUAACGAGGAUCUAAUCGAUGACGAUAAAACGGUUAGGAACGGUGAUAAAAGUGAUAGUAAAAUUUAUAGUGUGGCAAAAAUGAUUGAUAAAUUAGAUAUUAGGUUAGGGAGGAUUAAUGGAAGAGCCGAUAAAAUCGAUAAUACGAAUGGGAUCGAUAAAAUUGAAGGGGAAGAAGACGAAGAGGAAGAAGAAGAGGAUUCGAUUAAGCGAAAAUCCGGUGGAUCAUUCGUUACUGUCGAAUCGAUUAUGGAGGUUAAAGGUAGAUUAAGAAGAACUAAUUCUCCAACGAACGAUAUUUAUAAGUUUCGCAACAACGAGGACCAGAAUACGAAAAACGAGAAUAAAUUCAAACGAACAAAUCCAUUGGUAAAAUACCAUCAACAACACCCCGAACUCGAAUCGACCACAAUAACAAUACCCAUAUCGAAAAACAACAACGUAAUCGACCUACCAUGGCUCGAUGCGUCCCCGUCGUUCUUCGACAACGAUACGUCAACGUCAACUGUCAAACGUCACUCGAUAGCCGUCGACGCGUCGCGGUACCUGAGCGGUGCCGGCGACCCCGACGAGGACGAGGCCAGAAGGGGCCCCAAAAGGGUGGAGUUCUGCAAAACUGAGGUGCACUUCACGGCCGAUUCGGGCGUCGUCAAUAUCAUAGCCACCGACGACAAACCGCCACCGGCGCGUAAUUUCCGACGCCGCCGCCGAAAUUCCGGAUUACCGCUGAUUCAUUUCGGAGACACGCCCUACGACAAACUGCCCCCGCCCCCGGACGACGCCGAUCCGCCCCCAUCCUGCGACCGCCCCCCGCCCUCCGUUACCGUGAAUUCGGGAGAAUUUUCGUACUCCGAAGAGGAAAAGCGAGAGGAAUCGUCCGACAGCGAAAUCAAAGGGAUUCUAAAAAACAAACCCCCCAAACCCACGCCCUACCUGCUGGGCGGUCAAGGGGCGGAGCCAAACGAACCGGACCAAUGGCGCGGUCGAAUGGGAGGAGACGGGGAGGAGUUUAACGGUAAAGUGUCGGAACAGGACCGAUGGCGCGGUCGAAUGGGAGGGGACGGGGAGGAGUUUAGCUGUAAAGGGGAGGAGUUUCGCGGUAAGGGGGCGGAUAUGAGCGAAUGGCGUAGCGGGGAGGAGUUUAGCGACAAAGGAGAGGAGGAGAUUACGAAAUGGGGCGUGACGUUAAAGCGCGUCGACACGCCCGUUUGGAGAUCGACUGUUACUGUGAAGAAUUACGAAUUCGGCGAUCGGGGUGCGAAGCAAGUCGAGCCGGAGUUUCAAAACGUGUUGAAGAAUCUGCGGCCAGUCGGGCGUGGCUACUCGACCAAAAUUCGGCUGAGCGCCGGCGAGACGAUCGUCGUCGAUGAUCGGAAUUUCCGGAAAAACGAUAUCCAGGAGUCCGGAGUACCCGAAAACCGGAAUUCGCCAAGCGACUCGCGCCCGCUCGUCCACAAAAGGCUCGUGGUCAGGAUCGGCAAGGACGAGCGCAGUAAGGCUCUCGUCAGGCCACAGCCGACUAGAUUCAAAUCCACUUCGCUCGUGCUGGGCGCUUUAAACAACAAAAUGGCGGCCGACGACGGCCUUUCCGAAGCCUCGAAGGCUCCCGCUUCGCCGAAUUCCCGCCAAGAACUCGAAUCCUCGCGUUACCAGGACAAUAUUUACGAAGAAAUAGAAGCCUUGAAUGUCGUACCGAAUCCCAGGAGUUUAGAGGAUGGCUUUUAUGAGAGAUUGAACGUGUUGAACGUACUACCUAGUCUUUCUACAAAUUUAACAGGAUUACAGUCAUCGAACUCCAUUCCGAAGGCUACCGAAAGCAUAGGAGCCUUGAAUGGUCUUCUCGGCGUUCACGAAAGAUUCGAGCAUUUCCAUAAAGAACUGCAAUCCGUCUCUAAAGUUACAAAAGAACCUAAAAAGCUUUCUAAGGCUUCUGAGGUAACACAUAGAGGAUUAACGAGUACUAGUAGUAAGGUUACCGGGGAUUUGAACGCUUUGAGGGAAUUGUACGAGGAGGCCUUGAGCGAUGGUGAUGCCGAUAAGGAGGUGCAGAAUCUCCUGGCCAAAAAGGGGGAAGCGAGGCAAUCGCAGGAGCAGGAUAACAGCAGCGUACCGUCGGGCAGCUGGAGCAGAAUGAGGAGAUUCGGCGAGGUUAGUCGCAGCAGGAGGGCCGGUAAAAUAGAAAAAGGUAUGGUACUCAGGCAGCCGAAACCCUCAGAAAUGGCCUAUUUCGGCGUCGCAACGCAACAUUCGAGAAUUCCCCAGGAGCCUGAAUACGAGAACGUAAGGCGGCAACCACUCCAAACCGCCUCCAAGAGCUCGAAACAACUCCCAACAACUUCCAUCUCGCCUCGAUUACAAUCCUCCCGACGCCUCUGUUACUCCUCCACCCCCAAAAAACCCGUUCCUACACCACCGAAACCUGCCCCGAUCUCCCCCAAGCACCCGAUUCCCGAAGCCAAAACCAAGCAAACGCGAGCGGACGAGCGGCGCAGGCGAGUCGAGACGAAUCGAUCCGAAACUAUCCGAACGCAGUCUAAUCAAUCCGACACGAAUCGAUCCGAGAAGAGUCGAGUAGAGGCGAGCCGAGUCGUGGCGAGCCGAGCGGAGAAACAAAGGGUGGAGAAUGCGAAUGGGCGGUCGAAAGGAGGCGGCGCGUCGAGGGCGCGUCGGUUGCAGAGGGCCAGCAGCAGGGAGGCGCUGCUGAAGGCGCAGACCGGCGGAAACGGCUCAUCGUCCGAGGACCUGCAGCAGGAAGGGGCCGAGCGCGCGAGGAAAGCCAGAAAGCCGCGAGCGAUCAAGAAGGCCGAGACGGUGCAGGUGAAAAUGUCCAUAGGACUGGGGCCGGAGUUGAAGAGAAGAGACGAGAGGAAAACGGGGAAAACCGAAGGGAGGAUUCUGAACAGUUUGCCGGAGAUUCGCCACAAAACGGCGAUUUCGACGAUUAGGAGUACUUCUGAGAAAACUGCCCGUGAUAGGGCUAAACAAAAAAGCGAAGAGAACGCGCGGAAGAAAGCGCAACAAAAGAAGAAGGAUAUUAGUAAAGUUUUCUUAUUUUCAGCUUGCUGUGAUUCCGUCAAAUGUCAAUGA